CCGAGCCGAGCCAAGCGGGUCAGAGAAUCAUAAACGGAACCACAAAUAGAGAGGAGAAGAAGAAGAAGCGCGAGGAAACGAGAGAGAUGACUCUACCGACGGUGCGACAACUUUUCCUGCUGUGUUUGUUGGGGAUUUUUGGAUGUUUGAGCGCAACAGAUGCCAGUCUUUUUGGACAAUGGCGGGAUGACACCGUAUUAACAAAGGUGCGAGGCGUCCAGAGCGACGAUAUGAGUAAUGUGUUGUGGAGAGACCAAGAUGAGGAGCAAGUCCAGAAUAUUUUCAAAAGGUUCCUGUUUCAUUACUCCAAAGCACGCAACUCUGUCGGAGCUGUUCAAAAAACGUCCCACGCAGUUCACCCUUUGCUGCGACUUGUGCCUAAACUAACCGAGAGAAAGAAGAAGGUGCUUUCUGCUGAAACUCCGAGACCUGCCAGAGGGAACGUUGUAAAGGAGGAGGAAUUUGAGAAAGUCAGGGAAGGAAAUGACACGCAAUGAGGAAGAGGAGCAGCUGGAAGCUCCGGCCUGGAUGGAGAAUCUACCGAUAACGGGCAGCGAGCAGCGUCUCUUGCUCCGGACGGAAACUGCUUUUUUUUUUUUUCCUGAAAAGA